AAUAAUAGCUUUUAACAUCACGUGGUGAUAUCUCUAAGCCAAUUAUUCGCUGGAUAUAUCUUAAAGCUUCUUUUAUCACGUUGUACUAUUUAUUAUACGACACAUAUAAUUGAUGGCGGACGUAAACAAUCCAGUUUUGUUUUCGGAACUAUUAUAACCUUCAUAAAAUGUCGGAUUAUAUUUCAAAUAUUGACAACCAUAAAUUCCAUAAUUGGAUAAAAACUGGAUUAGCGUUAAAGUAUACAAAAGAAGGACUCCAUGAUAUUAUUUUAGCUGAAAUAGACACAUUCAGGCAAAGGGCGUUUUCUGAUAGUUUAGAGAUAUUGAAGUUACCUCCAAAUAGUUGUUGCAAAGCGUGUUCAACUGACCAGAUCGUGUGCCAGCCUGUCUUUAAUCACUGCAAAAAGAAAAAAUGUUCAGCAUAUCAUAGAUCCUGUCCUGAAAGUGGGUUAUGCGAACGUGUGAGAGAUAAGAUUAGGCAGGUACACAGGUACAAUGACCCGUCUUGGAAAAAUACAGAUGCGAGAAAAUGGUAUGAUGACUCUUGGCAAAUUGUCAAGUGUUUUAUGCCGAUAGAAGGGUAUACGAAACAAACCUCUUUUAUGGAAACAGAUUUCAAUGGAGUCAUAAGCGUGAUACUAAAUUACAAAGGAUUCCAAAACAUAGUAAAUGAGAACUUGUCCAGGGGAAGCAACUUAUUUUGCAAGGCAAGAGAUAUUUCCAGACAUUUUCGACAUUCAGCGACAUUUGAAGUUGACGACAACGAAUUUGUAGAGAAUAUACAUAUUUUAGAGACAAUACUUAAAGACCCAAAGUAUAUAGCAUCAAAAGCAACAACACAUACGGCAUUGGAAAAAAUAUCAAAGUUAUGUAAAGAGACAUCGAAAAUAUCUGCUACACAAGAUGUGAUAGGUGUUUUAAACGGAGAAUUAAGCUAUGAUGAAAAUGACGUAAUGGUCACAGCAGAUGGAAAAAGAAUUGAGAAACGUAUCUUGUUUCAAAAAUUUAUUGAAAUUGUAUCCAACAACCCUGACAACGUAGAAUGUUUGAUGUCACAGCUUACGACAUUUAGUCAUCCUGCACCUAAAUGGCGAGAAGAUUUUGUUGAACGCCUUAUUAUUUCAUAUCAACAUCAAUGCUCAACAUUACCGAUAUCAGCAUUGGUAAACGAAGAAGAUGCUCAACUUUUAGAUUUCUUUGCCAUGCCUACUCUAAAACAAGUAGACCACCAUAAUAUCAAAAGCAAAAGCGCAAAUAUAAGGUCAUACAGAGACAUAUUCUUUAAAAAAGAACAACUAUGUAGAAACAUUUAUGUCACCGGAGAUGCAGGUAUAGGAAAAACAGCGUUUUGUCAAAAAAUGAUUUUGGCAUGGUGUCAUGCAAACUCAGGUAAAAAAGAAGAUCACAACUUUUCAACAGUAGAUAUUGAUAUUAUGAAGCAAUUUCCGUUUCUAUUUUACGUAUCUCUAAGGGAAACAAAAUCAUGCCACGUAAAAAAAAUUAUUCAAAAACGGUACCAGGACGUUGGGGAGGCAGAUACAAUUGCACGUAUAUUAGACAAAGAAAUUUGUUUGAUUAUCUUAGACGGGCUUGAUGAAUGGACUCACCCAACGGUGCAGACAACAUGUCCACUAGAUUGUAAGUUGCCACAUCGCUCACCUUCAAAUAAUUGCAUUUAUCUCACUACAACUCGACCUUGGAAAUUGGAAGGUAAUCGGUUGAAAACAAAUGAAAUUGACCAACAGAUUGAAAUAAGGGGUCUUAACAAACAUUCUUGCCACGAGCUUGCAAACUCGGUAGUUAAACAUUUGAACACAAAAUUGGAAGUUUCAAGAGACCCAAAAGCUUUCCAAAUCGAAGUGACCAAGAACAAACUAGACACAGUAUGUCAAGUUCCAAUUGUUCAUAUGCAGUUAAUUUGCCUUUGGUUCGAAGAAAUAACCCUAAGUAAAUCGAGAUGUUUAAUAUAUGGCCAAACGGUCGAGAUGCUUUUCAGAAGAGUUUCCGAAAAUAAGGGAAUGUGCACUGUUCUUGUCCAUCAGAUUGAAGGGCGAAUUCAGGACGACCUUGAUCGUGAACUUCCAGAAUGUUUUUCCCCAUUACAAGCUCUUACAAAACACGUUUCUCUUGUUUAUAAAUUAGGUCAUUUAGCUUUUGAAGGGCUUUUUGGAAAACAGGAAGGAGAAUCGGAAUUGAUAUUUGAAAGUUCAAGAGGUUCAAUAUACGAUAUAUCAGAAGCAGAAAUGAAUUAUUUGCUGUCUGUAGGUAUCUUAUCAAAGAAUAAGGUAGUUGGUACGCUUUCAAAACGAAAACUUAAAAUAAGUUUUCUUCACAAAAGCUAUCAAGAGUUCUUUGCAGCAGUUUAUAUUGCUAUGAAAGAAGAUAAAGACGAUUGCGUGAAGAUAAUCUUUAGCAGCUGCAAAACUCUAAGAAUGUUUCUUAGAUUUGAAAAUGUUUUUAUCUUUCUGUCCGGUAUGUGUCCCGAGCUUGUAUUAAGGUGUUCGGAAAGUAUAAAAGCUCUAUUUCUUUCUGAUAAUCAGAUAUGUAUGUACAGAAAAUAUUCAGAAUACAAAUUUGGAUUUGUUGUCAUGCUUCCACCAUUCAGUAUCUUAACAGAUCCAAACUUUGCUGUCGUCCAAAAUGCUGAAAAAAUACUGCAGUCUUAUCAAACGCUUGCGUUACAAUGUCAAGAGGAAAGUCAACGGUCUGGAUGCAGAAGUGUAGUACUGCCAUUAGAGGACAUUUUUCUACCAGAAACAUAUUCCGAAGAUCUCCAGUCACUUCUUGCUUUGAACAAAACAAAUUUGAAGUCGAUUGCAAGUGAGAAAUAUCAUGACGACCUGUUCGAUGUGAAAAAUGUUGAAAAGAUAUCGAUAACCUUUCGUAGUGAUGAAGAUUUAGUAGCUGUUGAUGCAGAUAUGGAGAAUUUUGAAAAAUGUAUGAACAUGUCAAAACAAACUUUAACAUGCUUAUCGAUUUCCAAUUCUCGGGGCAUGUUUGACUUGUGUAAAUUAAAGUUCUCGAAUUUAAGAUCUAUUGACCUUUACAAUAUUAUUCUUAAACACCAAGAAAUAACGGAUCUAUUUGCAUUCAUAUCAAACAAAACAGAUUUGAUCCAAAUCUUACUUUUUCAAAUCCAAUGUUCCGAACAUGAAAGAGAAUGUAAGGGUAGCAAACUCAACUUGUUGCAUCACAAUGAAUUGGACUUUUUACGUCUACAUCAUGUGUACGAAUAUGGACAACAUGAAACAAGAAUAAAUAACAAAAAUCUCGGAACUUUAAUAUUUGAAGAUAGUAGCGGGGUAGCACAUAACACAUGUACACUACUGAGUGACAUCAGAAAUGCUCCUCGGCUUUUUGAGGUGACGUUAUUGGGAAUCUCAUCUGUGGAGACGUUCAAGACUCUUUUAUCGGUUCUUCCAUCAAUCAAACAUCUGAAGAGAUUAUCAUUAUAUAACUGUGAUUUUGGUGACAGUCAUGUUAUAUUGGAUGCAGAAUUCCAAAAAGAUAUUGAGAGAAUCUGUUUGCUGAACUCAACUAUGACUGUAGAAGCCUUCGGUCGAUUUGUUGACAGUAUCCCAGUAAAUUUGGAAAAUGUCGUGUCUGUGCAUAUGCAGAGCUGCAAGUUUUUUAUCGGAAAAAAUACAUCAUUACAAGAAGGAAGUGAAGCAGCAAAGAAUUAUGUAAAAUCUAAGUCCAAAUUCACUAUCAUUUUUUGUAAUGAAUUUGAUUUCUAUUUCCAGUCGGUUCCAGCUUGUCAGUAAAGAAAAUCGACUUUUCAUUCAUGUGUCAACAAAGGCCGUUUUUUAUAUUGAGUUUUAAGAUCAAUGCAAAUGCUGAGAUUAUUAGAGGCCGCGUGCAAUCGCCUAUUCAGCAAUGGGAAAAUUUAAGACUUGUUUUUGUGUAGUUUUGUUUUUGUUUUGAUAACAUUACACUGUUUUCAAAUUUUAUAAUAAAAAUACUUUUCUGAUGUACAACAUGUCACCGAGAUUUAAGGAAUUAAAAUAAACGUUUAACUGAAGUGAUAGUGUCAUGUUUUAAUAUCAUAUUCUUUUCAUCAUUUUAUUUAACUAAUAAAUAACGUGCCUAUGAGCCAGUCUUUAGUCGCCCGUUCUAAAACUUAACGGUUGAGAGAGGUAACGACUGAGGCAGUGUCAUUCACUUCAUUUGCUCCGCCUCUGUUAAAGUACGGCUCCGCCUUAACUCGUCGCAAAAUUAAAUAUGAUGUUCUGUAUGCCAGCAUUAAGUUUCAGACAGACCUGUCUAUAGUCUAAUGACGGGAACGAAAUUCGGGCAGGGAACAAGGGGUAUGACUGAAAUAUGUAACGGAGAUUUUUUUUGGGGGGCGAUACGAGCUAAACGGAAAACAGGCAAAACGUGUGAUAAUUCAUGAAAAUGAUUAACAUUUUAAGAAUAAACAGAUUAACUGAGUGAAGAAAGUACGUUUAUUUGAAAAUGUAUCACAAAUAUUUACAAUAGGUUAUUUUAAAGGAUUGUGACGAAUGUUCUCUUUUGCCUAGAUUAUUUAUUACAUUAAGUGGUUCUAUACCAUAAUUACAGGCUUGUAUGUAAUCAAGUAGUUUAAUCUUUUAUAAAUAAGAAAACAAUACGUUACUAAGAAUUGAUUAUAUGUUAAAAUUUAUUCAUAACUACUAUUUGAUAUUACAGACAUAUUUUGCUAUUUGUGAAAUAACAGAACAGUUUGUCCUCAAAAUCAUUCGAACAUUAUGCAAUCCGCACCAAUUUUUAAAUGGACAUAUUCUUGGUGCAACGAUGAUUUUUUCUUGACCUCUGUCUUUGUCUUGAAUUUAUUUUAAGUAUACCAAUCAUUUAAAUUUUACUUGUUAUCCAAUAUAUUUUUCUUCGAUCGGACUUUUCAAUCUUUGUCGCAACAGACAAGUAUUUCAGAAUUUCAUACAGGGCAUUACUUUGUGAAUUUAUGCAUUAGGUUCUACUUUUUCACAAAAAUUUGCAACUUAAUUAUUAAACAACGAGCACAUACCAAGAACAUGGAGAAACAAUUGAAUAGUGCUUCGGCGUCGGAUAUUCAGCUGUAAUAGAGAAUGAUUUUCAAGUUUACAUUUGACUGUUCAUAUCAUUUGUCGGCGUCUUUGAUUUGCAGCAUCAACAUUUAACUUGUUUUGUCUUUUUUUUUCAUUUGUCUAUUUUCUCUUGCUGCCGUCCACUUGUCAUCCUUUGUUGCCAUAUUUCACAGCAUUUGCCGGAUAGGCAAUCCUUGUGCUUUGACACUUCGAAAGAAAAUAUAACGAAAAAAUAAAACUAAAUAUGU